AUGGAUUCCGGUCUGCAUUCUGCUGAAAACCCUGAAACCAAAUCAACUGAAGAACAAACUCAAAAUCAACUCGAGAUUUUCCCUUCUCAAUCCCCAUUCGCUACUGCUUCUCUUUCUCUCUCUUCCUUGCCCACAACUCUGCCUGCCCAUUUCUUCAUUCAACCUAAAAUCUCAACUCUGUUCUCUUCUCAAUCACCCAAUAAAGUUAAAGUUCCAACGCAAGCUUCCUCUCUUUCCCAUCUCUCUCUUUCUUCAACUUCCCCUUCACCUUCCAAAAUCUCCUUCAAAUCCACCCUUUCCAACAACCCUUUCCAAUCCCCUCUCUCCUUAGGCCCACGCCGCCCUCUCGACCCUUCCAAUGGCGCCGCAAUUCGUCGAGCUUCCAUCAUUUGGUUCCGCAACGACUUACGAGUCCACGACAACGAGUGUCUCAACACGGCCAACAACGAGUCCAUGUCGGUCUUGCCAGUUUACUGUUUUGACCCUCGAGAUUACGGUAAAUCCUCUUCUGGGUUCGAUAAAACGGGUCCCUACAGGGCUACAUUCUUGAUUGAAUCGGUUUCGGAUCUCCGGAAGAAUCUACAAGCGCGAGGGUCGGAUCUUGUGGUCCGAAUUGGGAAGCCGGAGAGCGUUUUAGUUGAGUUAGCUAAAGCCAUUGGGGCUGACGCUAUUUAUGCUCAUAGAGAAGUUUCUCAUGAUGAAGUUAAGGCUGAGGAAAAGAUUGAGGCGGCUAUGAAAGAAGAGGGAGUUGAAGUUAAGUACUUUUGGGGAAGUACUUUGUUCCAUGUUGAUGAUUUGCCGUUUAAAUUGGAAGAUAUGCCUUCGAAUUAUGGUGGGUUUAGGGAGAAAGUUAAGGCUUUGGAGAUAAGGAAGACGAUUGAAGCAUUGGACCAAAUGAAAGGGAUGCCUUCGAGAGGUGAUGUGGAGACUGGAGAUAUUCCUUCAUUGACGGAUCUCGGGCUUAACCCCAGUGCGACAAUGGCUCAGGAAGGUAGGCCAUAUGUUAAUAGUUCUAUGGCUGGAGGGGAGACUGAAGCAUUGCAGAGGCUUAAAAAGUUUGCAGGUGAGUGUCAAACACAGCCACACAGGGGGAGCAAGGAUGGCAGCCAUGAUAGCAUAUAUGGUGCAAACUUUUCUUGCAAAAUUUCUCCAUGGCUAGCCAUGGGGUGCCUAUCUCCUCGUUUCAUGUUUGAUGAACUAAAGAAAAAUGCAAACAGGGCCUUUUCUGUUGCCUCAAAUAAAAAAGACGGAGGUAGUGGCUCACCUGAUACUGGAGUGAACUGGUUGAUGUUCGAGUUGUUGUGGAGGGAUUUCUUCAGAUUCAUCACCAAGAAAUACAGUUCUGCAAAGGUUGGAACUGCUCCUGCCACAGCUUGUACCGGAGCCCUUGCUUAAGCAAAUAAUUUGUACUGGUGUUGAGGAGGAUAAUUGUUCCGGGGUGAUGGUUGGCUGUUGGAUGGUGGAAUAGGUUGCUCAAAAGGCAGUUCUCCUUGUUGAACUCUUGUUCUUGUCGCCUAAUAAAAUGCUUUAACAUGGUAAAUUUUGUCUCAGUUUUUUGGAGAGUGAGAAACACUGGCCUUUUGUCCAUUGUUUGAUUUGUCAUCUUUUAAAUAACAGGUCUCACAAUCAUUUGACCA